UAAGGAAGUUUAUCUUCACGUUUCCGGACUAAAUCCCAAUUUAUUUAACUCGGGGGUAUGUUCAUAAUCUCAUUAGCUAUUUCUGCUAUCGGCAUGUACCUCUUGAGACUGUUGAGCCUCCUAUCAGACACCUGGAGGAGCUGAAGCACAGCAGAGACCUCAGAGCAGCUUGAUACCUACCGACACAGUGUGUGAAGAAUGUCUUCACCCAUAUACUACAAUCAAGACAGUGUGACACGCUUCAAGAAAAGAAAGGCUCGUUUCUCUUUCAGUGAAGUCCACAUAUUGCUGGAUGAAGUUAGGAAGCACCGUAUGGUUGUUGUGGGCAAAUUCAAUCGUGGUGUGCCAACAGACAUGAAAAAGCGCACAUGGGCAGAGAUUACUGCACGGGUCAAUGAGAUUGGAGAGUGCCAACGUGAGGUCAUAGAAGUCAUCAAGAAGUGGUCUGACCUAAAGUGUGACACAAAACGGAAAGUGGCUGCUAUGAGGUCGGGGACAGUGCCCAACAGAGGCCUCAACUCACGCCUUUCCCGGGAUCUUAACCAGACAGAGAAAAUAGUCCUCCAGAUACUGGAGAUGGACGAUGAGGAGCAGAGCUCCGGUGACUUCGGCCUGCUGGGGGAAGACGACGAUGUGCCAGAGGAGGAAGAAGAAUUGGACGAGGAUGAUAUGAUUGCAAUGCAGAGCUCUCCUAAUGGCGGGUUGGACAUGACACCUAUGCCUCCACCUUCUUCCUACAAGAUAGGACAGUCAGGGGACUCAUCACAGCCAUCUUUUGAUGUGCAAUAUGAGGUGCCUCCAGCAGAAGAUACUGAAAAUGCAUUUGGAGACUCGGACGAUGAACAAAGAGACGAUAUGCUUCCUUCAACUCAGACAGCAAAGCCAAAAGAUGAUCACCAAGCUAACAGCAGCACCCAGAAACAAGCGCAACCUCACACGUCUACUGGACUGCCGGCAUCUGCGGCUGCGUUUCCGUCGCCCGGUCAGUCCUCGCAGAGCACGAGAGACAGCAUGCUGCACAGUGCAUCGCUGAGCCUUCAGGAGCAGCACGCCACCAACAUCCUGCUGGAGACUGUGUCGCGCUCCCUGGAGCUUCUGUCGGAGUCAGUGCAGCAGCUGGCAGAGACUCAGCAGGAGUUUGUGCGCGAGUCGCUGCAGCUCCAGCGGGAGACGGUGCAGGUGCUCAGAGACUUCACAGGUGGAGCCAUCGCACUCAUGCAUGACAAACUGAAUGGACGGCCGGCAUUAUAACAGCAGUGACACAUGGAGAUGUGAGGGUCUGUUAUCUCACUGACGUCACACAUGACCUUCAGGUGCAGGAACUUCUCGGUUCUUUUGGACUUCACCUGUGGUUUUUAAAUCAGCAGAUUUUCUGUGGUUAUAUUUUAAAACUAUUGGUAGACUCAUUGUAUCGUUGGAAUUACUGUUUGUGUGGUUAUAUGAAAGUGGAUUGCAAAAACAACCAAUAUUAGCCAUAAAGAAAGAACCUGGAGAGUUUUUCGUUUUGCUACUGACAGUGAGACUCCACCACAUUUUCUAUUGAUAAAACAACUUGUUUAAAGCCUCUGAAAAGUUCUCAGAAUGCGUUUGUGUCCUUAUGUUGUACGUUUCCCUUACUUUAUGUCUGGAGAUUAUCACGUGUACUGUAAUGGUGAGUGGAUGUCUGCACUUGACCAUUAUAUGGUCUUUAUGUCUGAGCGCUAACUGUGGUGUGUGUUAGAUACUUUUAAAAUACAAGUAAGUAUAUUAUUUGUGAUUGAUUUUGGUUUUUUACAUUGCAAACAUGAACACUUGAAUAUGAAAAUUUCACUAAGUUCUUUUAAAAAUAUAAUAAACUGGUGUAUUUAAACAGAACAUAA